AUGUCCCUCCAAGUGAACGACCCACGGUCGCGAACCCGAUCCAAAUCCCCUGGCCGCGAGCGCUCACGGUCGCGGUCGCGCGACAGCCGAGUCCCCUCCCCUUCGCCCUCCCCCUCCCACCGCUCACGUUCCCCAGCCGUCGAAGUCCCAAGAAGCAAAGGCUACAACCCCGACGAAGAAGCUGAGAUCGAGCGCCAAUACAAGCUCAUUAGCGAGCGUCGUCGCGAACCAAACGACGAGCCCCGCCCCGUCGUCUCGCGCGCCCCGAGAACCCCCCGCUACGACGUGGAUCGCUCAGACUCGGACUCCGAGUCGAAGCGCCGCGAAGCAGAAAGCGCAAGACGUCGUCGCGAUGAUCGCUAUGAACACUCGGAGGAUGAACGCGGUUCUGCUGCGCCUUCGUCGCGGUCGAAUCGACGACGGCCUUCGUCGCCUGACCGCGGCAGUCGCGUGAAACACGAUUCCGACGACUCAGUUGACGAUCUGGCUUAUGGUGAUGCGCCGGGAAAUCACCCUAGCUAUGCGCGCCCGAAUCGGUAUAGUUAUGCGCAGCCCACGCAGUUCGUGUCUGCUGCCCCGCGGCAGCCGGGUUACCCUGCCGGCUCGGUUGACUGGGCUUCUGUGCCGGAAUGCGAACGGCCUGGAUAUGUGCCGCCUUCCUCGCAGCCUGCGGGUCCAGCUUCUAUGCCCGGCGCGUUCCCUAUGGCCUCGACAUAUCCCGCUAGCUCGGGGGCUGUGCCGGCGCCUGUGAAUCCGUCGCUGCAGUAUACCGGUUUACAGGGCCAGCCAGCUCAGUAUGCGGCGACGAGUGCUGGUUACAUGCCUUCUCAUUAUCGCACGGCUUCGGCGAGUGAUACUGGUUAUCCACCUCCGGCUGCGGGAUAUGCGAACCCCGGCGUCUACCAGUACGCUCAAGUCGAUCCUAAUUUGAAGUAUGCUUCGAAGACGGCGCCGGCGCCAGCGCCGGCGUCGGGGCCUAAGCCGAUAUACCCUGCUUCUACGCAUGAGCAGUUUUCCAGACCGAUUCCGCAGCAACCGCAGGGUCAGUAUCAGCCGCAAUCGCAGCAGCAGCAGCCACCUCCAGACCAGUAUCGGUAUAAACCCGAGCCCCAGAAACAAGAGCCUCAGUUUGUGGAGAUCGCGCCUGGUGGGAGUCGGUCGAGCGCUCGUCCACACAGUCACUCUGUGUCAUCGUCGAAUAAUCUCGCAGUUGGCGGAGCCAGUGCAUCUCAUUCAGCUCAUCCCCCAGCUAGUCCACUGCUGGAGCCGUAUCACGGUACUUACCAAUCCAUCUCACCCAUGCCAACCACGAUCGUCGUUCCCUCCAUCCGCGACGACGACAUCUCAGACCUGGAACCGCUGGAUGGCGGAAACUCAGCCUCCGACUCAAGCCGACGCAGCAAACACAUCCGCUCGCACUCCUCCGUCAGCGAGAAAGAAUCCCGCACCCGCAGCAGCAAAGACAAGAAAGACAAAGACCGCGACGACAAACGUCGCAGCCGCCCAUCAACCAGCCACGACCGCCACGACUCCAGCUCCUCAAUCAUCAGCACCGACCCCCGAGUCCUCGUCUCCCCAACAACCGGCCGCAAACGCGUCUCCUUCUACGACGCCGGCCCAGACGCCGCAGCCAUGCAAUCCGCCCUAAACCACACCCGCAAUAUCGACAGCAAACCCAUAAUCCAAAUCCUACCCCGUCUAACAAGCGACGAAAUCCUCCUCUUACGACAGGAAUACAAAACCCGCGUGCGAAUGCAAGGAAAGGGAAUAAACCUCGCCAAACACCUCCGUCUCAAACUCGGAAGUUCAUCUUUCGGAAAAGUCUGCUACGCAACCGCCCUCGGGCGCUGGGAAUCAGAGGCAUAUUGGGCGAACUGCUAUUACCAAGCCGGCACAUCACGUCGGGAACUACUAAUCGAGUCCCUGAUGGGAAGGUCAAAUGCCGCGAUCCGCGAAAUCAAGAACUCCUUCCGUGAUACCCGCUACGAUAAUAGUCUCGAGCGCUGUAUGCGUUCUGAGCUACGCGCUGAUAAAUUCCGCGUUGCGAUUUUGCUUGCGCUCGAGGGUCAGCGGCAGGAUGAGCGCGACCCCCUCGAUAAACACCUCAUCAGGGAUGAUGUGCAGGAUUUGCAUCGGGCGAUUGUGAGGGAGGGCGGCGAGACGGCUAUGAUUCAUAUUAUUGUGCUCAGGAGUGAUGCGCAUAUGCGUGAGGUGUUGCGUGCGUACGAGGAUAAUUAUGGGCAUAAUUUUACCAGGGCUAUGAUUUCUAAGUCGAGGAAUUUGGUGGGCGAAACACUAGCUCACAUCCUCAACGGCGCAAUCAACAGACCAAUGCGCGACGCUCUCCUCCUCCACCAAGCCCUACGUGAAUCCCGGACCGGACGCGAGCGCUCAGAGCUACUUAUUUCCCGGCUUGUGCGUCUGCAUUGGGAGCCGAGACAUCUUGAUCUUGUUAAGAAUGAGUAUCGACGCAGAUACCAUGAGCGGUUGGAGGAGGCUAUUGCCGAGGAGAUUUUGGCAUUGAAUGGUGGACAGGAUUGGGGGGAGUUCUGUAUUGAGUUGGCGCGGAAUGCGUGA